CUGGUAUCGGUUUUAUUUUUCCUAACAUGGGUUUCAUAUUAUAAUCAAGGGCUUCUUUCAGUUGGAAACAUCCCAUACCAAACCACUGAAGAUGCCAUCGGAAAUCACUUCAGCCAAGCUGGACAUGUCACCAACGUGAGAAUCGUCUACGAUCGUGAAACUGGUCGUCCAAAGGGAUUCGGAUUCUGCGAGUUCGCUGAUCAGGCUGGUGCCCAGAAUGCAGUUAACACGCUCAAUGGGACCGAUUUCAACGGCCGAUCACUCCGUGUGAACUACGCCAACAAGAACUGA